AUGGAUCUGUGCUGCAUUGCGGCGCCGAGAGCUCCAGCGGCGGCGGCGGCGUCCGCCCACAUCUCCAUGCCGCCUUCUCGUUUGGGCAGCCGUGGCGAAUUGAAUUGGGGAGGCGACGCUGUCUGGAACGUGAACGCGUGCGGCCGGCGGCGUGGUGGGGCCCCUCAACUCCAGGGCGCCGGGUGGUGCUGCGUGGCCAAGCGCACGCGCGUGCACGACGCCGCGCCGGGCACGCUCACGGGCGCCGUGCACGCAGCCGAAGUCGACGCCAUCGCGCGCUUCGCCGCCGGUGGCGAGGACGGCGACGGCGAGUGGGACGGCGAGGCCGUGGUGUACGCGCACGGGGCCGGGGAGCUGGUGCGGCUGCCCCGGGGCGCGGCGGUGCCGGUGACGCUGUGCCCGCUGGAGUACGAGCUUUUCCACUUGCGCCCGCCCCGCAGGGCCCCCGGCGGCGUCGCGUUCGCGCACGUUGCCAUGCCUCCGCGGUAG